AUGGUCAAGGGCAAGGCCUUCAGGAAGCAGUGGAAGGAGAAGCGGAAGCCCACGAAGACGCGCGCUUCCUCCCGUGCGGUGAGCAUCCGCCGGGUUCCAUGGGAGGAGCGACAGAAAGCCAAGCGGGAACUGGAGGCGGUCAAAGCCAAGGCAAAGGAGCUGGAAGAGGCUAAGAAGGCCGUGAAGAAGCAGAAAGCCAAGAAAAAGCGCCGAGCUUAG